GCUCGUUUUCGAUUCAUGUGCAUUAAACAAACACAGUAGUAGAGAGAGAGAAAGUGCUGGACUGGGAUUGUUCAGAAUAAACAAGCAAGAAAGUGUCAAGUGUUUGAGUUUGACACCUUCAGAACAUCCAACACAUUUAACAUCUCGACAAAACACACACAACAGGAAACCAUUGUUGUGGUUAGGCCUAUGUUGAUUGUAUGAUGGUGUAAUGCAGGAGAAAAGCAGUUCAUCAUCAGACAUGGUGCACGUCCAGGAAGGAAAUGUUGUAGCUGAUAUUUUUUAGCGGAAACUUGCUCACGACAGCCAACGCAGAGAUGUCCGGUGAUACCAGUACAUUGUCAUGGAAACCGCCUCCUGGUGGUCCACAGCAGGAACCGAACGCUCUUGUUGAGACAGGGAGUACAAGCGGGGGGUCGGUUAAAAUCCUCAAAGUGUGCUUUAUAAGCAACAGCGCCAACCUGGGCAAGAACUUUAAACUGGUGAAAUGUGAAAGUUCCUGGAAUAUCAGGACAAUUAUUCAGUCCAUCCUGGGCAGCGGGCGACUCGGUCCCAACAUCAUGUUCCCAGAAUGCUUUGCUCUGCUGCUGAAACAUCUGAAAUCAGAUGAGGUUCACUGGCUGCAUCCAGACCUCACCGUCGCUGAGGUGGAACAGAAAUACGAAAAGCAACACGUCGAGGCCGAAUGGAGAUAUGAUUUGAGGAUUCGUUAUAUACCUUCGGAUUUCUUGGAGAAGUUAAAAGAAGACAAAACUACACUGCUGUACUUCUACCAGCAGGUCCGCACGGAUUACAUGCAGUUUCAUGCAAGUAAAGUAAGUGAUGGGAUGGCUUUACAGCUGGGCUGCCUGGAGAUCAGGAGGUUUUAUAAAGACAUGAAUGCUGACGGUCUGGAGAAAAAAUCCAACUUUGAACUCCUGGAGAAAGAAGUCGGCCUGGAUUUGUUUUUCCCUCAAGAGUUAAUCGACAACAUGAAGUCGAAGCAGCUGAGAAAACUCAUCCAGCAGACGUUCCAGCAGUUCUCCCUCCUGAAGGAAGAGCAGUGCAUCAUGAAGUUCUUCGAGACCUUGUUCAUCUUCUCCAGUUUUGACGAAGAAGUUUUUCCUUGUGAACUGGUGCAAGGCUGGAGCGUGUCUGUGGAUCUGGUCAUUGGACCUAAAGGCAUCCGACAACGCACAGAUAAAGCUUCAGUGCCUGUCUCUCUAGCCACAUUUUCACAGAUUCGGUCUAUUAAAUGCUCCCCUCAGAAUGACAAUAAGACGCUGGUACAUGUAGAAAUAGAAGGAGCUAAACAGCCGUUGUCCAUCAGCACCGCCUCUCUGGCCAUCGCUGAGAACCUGGCGAAUUUAAUCGAUGGUUAUUGUCGUCUGGAGCGCGGCACGACGGCGUCUUUAAUAGUCCGACCUAGAGACAGAAAAGAAAGACAUUCUCUACCUCCUUUACCCUGCAGCAAUAAGGAAAAUGGCAGGUCUGCCACAGGAAGCAAAAAUGCAGAUAUAUAUGCAGAAAUAGACGAAGAUGUAACAGAAACCACUUGUAAAGCCAGCCUGUCACGAGAUGAUAUUGUCUUGGGCCGCAUUCUGGGCGAAGGUUUCUUUGGAGAGGUUCACGACGGAAUCUACAAGAGCAAAACGGGAGAGAGAAUAAACGUGGCUGUAAAAACAUGCAAGGAGUGCACAGCCGACGUCAAAGAGAAGUUCAUGAGUGAAGCUUUGAUCAUGAGGAAACUGGAACAUCCGCACAUCGUGAGACUCAUAGGAAUCAUUGAAGAGGAUCCGGUGUGGAUUGUGAUGGAGUUGUAUAAGUUCGGCGAGCUGGGAAACUACCUGGCAGACAACCAGCACACGCUUACCAAUGUGACUCUGACCCUGUUCAGUCUGCAGAUCUGUAAAGCUUUGGCGUACCUUGAGGGUGUCAACAUGGUACAUAGAGACAUAGCAGUGAGAAAUGUGCUGGUGGCCAAACCGGACUGCGUAAUGCUGGGGGACUUCGGCUUGUCCAGAUACAUAGAACAAGAGGAGUAUUACAAAGCUUCUGUAUGUCGAUUGCCCAUCAAAUGGAUGGCCCCGGAGUCCAUCAACUUCAGACGGUUCACAUCAGCGAGUGACGUCUGGAUGUUCGCUGUGUGCAUGUGGGAGAUCAUGAGUCGAGGUCAGCAGCCGUUCUUCUGGUUGGAGAAUAAGGACGUGAUCAAUCAGCUGGAGCAGGGCGUACGUUUGCCCAAACCCGAGCGCUGCCCGCCUGCCCUCUACUCGCUCUUGACACGCUGCUGGGCUUAUGACCCUCACGAGAGACCCAACUUUACCCAACUAGUGUGCAAGCUGAGUGAUGUCCACAUCAUGGAGCAGGAGGUGGAAGUGGACCAGCAGAAAGAACGAGCCCGUUCUGUCAACACACUCCCUAGAAUGUCGUCUGCGGACGCUCCACCAAAGCCAUCAAGAAUAAGAUCAUCAUGUUUCAACACUCUCGGUCCAAAUCUGCAUCUCCAGUCUGAGUCUCUAUGCGUCAGUUCUCCAUCUCUCCUUGAUCAACCAGACUUCACGUCCGGCAUGCAAACGCUUCCCCCUCGGAGUGGCAGUAUGGGGGGUCUCAUGGAGCCCUGCGGUAGAGAAGACUCCCAGCGCAUCUGGGAUCUGGAGCGCCGGCAAAUAGAGGACAUGUUAAAGAGGCAAAAACAAGAAAUGCUGGAGGACAAUAAAUGGCUGGAGAAGGAAGAAAAGCAUUUGGAUCCAUUUGCCGAUGUGGACUCAAAGACCAAAAGGAUGUCCAAAAAUGAGACGGAACAAGCUCAUUUCCAGGGUCUGCCGGAUAAACCCCCCCGGGUGUCCACUCAGCCGGCACCCACAGCUGAACUGGAGCGCACAGGUGAUCUGGUUUAUCAUAAUGUCAUGGAGAUGGUGAAGGAGGUGGUCCAGCUGAAGAAUGACGUCAACACAUUACCAGCCUCAGAAUACGUCAACGUGGUGAAGUUGGUAGGACUGAGGUUGCGCAGUCUGAUCCAUAGUGUGGACGACAUCCUCCCGACCCUGCACGAGUCCAUCAGAUCUGAGAUCGAAGGAACCCAGAAGCUGCUGAAUAAAGAUCUGGCCGAGCUGAUCAGUAAGAUGCGUCUCGCACAGCAGAACUCCGUCACGUCUCUGAAGGAAGAAUGUAAGAAACAGAUGCUGACGGCCGCUCACACGCUCGCCAUGGACUCCAAGAACCUUCUGGACGCUGUGGAUCAGGCCAGAGUACGUGCUAAUAUAGCCAAACCCGUCACAUCACAUCCAACCUCUGAUCUCUCUAUGGAUGCUGAGUUAAAUGAUAAAUGACUUGGUUUUAUUUAUGCCUGAAUGACAGCGGAAGCAGUGCUUUCCACAAAUAUGUUUUGAAGUUACCUGAUUUCUGCUUGAGAUCAUUUUUGUUACGCGUGUUUAUUUUUCUAAAAAUAGUACUAGGUGUGUUUUGAAAGAAAAUAAUAUGUCAGUAUUAUAUGCAUUUUUAUGUAGCAUAACUUAUUUUGAAUCAGGGAUACUAUUUCAUAGAGAAUAUAUUUUAAUGUGAAUCUUUUGACCUUAAAAUACGACUCUGUAGUUUUUUAAAUACUUUCUCUUUUAAAGAUUGUUUUUUAAAGAUUGUGCUCACAAAAAAGGAUUUUGGUAAGGAAAAUUUUUA